AUGAUUCUUGCCACUAUUCAUGAGGAAAGGUAAUUUAGUAGUUUUUUUUUUUUUUAAAAACAAUGCUUAAGUUCUGAUAUUAAGUAUAUUUACUUAAAUAACAUCAAAAUUUCCUAAAUGUCUACUAUUGACAAGUAUAAUCAUAUAAUCUAAUGAUAAUACACUUAGUAAAUUAUUGAGAAAUUAAAAUAAUGUAUAUACUUUUUGCAGAACAAAGCAUUUAUAUACAGUUAUUGAAGAAUUUGUAUGCAAUAUAAGUUAAUAUGUGAGAAUAGUGAAAAGUGUUACACUCCUGACAUUUUUUUUCUUUUUCAGCAAUUGUAGUUAACUUUGUUUUAUUUUCAGCAGUCUUAUAAACAAUUGAAGUAAGUAUGAAAAAACUAAAAGUAAGCCUUCCUGCUAUUGAAAGAGCUCUAAAAUCACAUGUUUCUACAAAUAUAACAAGACAAAAACAAGAUGAUGACAAGAAACAAACAAAGAAAAAAACAACAAAAUCUUCAAAAGAACGGGUUCGUAAAUACCGUGAAAAACUUAAAAAUGACCCUGUCUAUAAACAAAAGCUACUUGAAUUAAAAGAAAAGAAAAAAACAGAGAACAAAGCAUAUAAAUCUAAACAAAAAUUGAAGAGAGAAAAUGAUGAGAAUUUUGACAGAGAGUGUAAAGUAAAGCAAAGAAAGUGGACAAAAGACAGUAGGAAACGUAAAAGCAAAACACUAAACAUUGAAACAGCAAACACAAAUGGUCAGGUGAGGUACAGUUGUAAAAAGAAAGUUGAUCAACAUUCAACAUUACGCAAAAGAGCUGAACGUGUUCGAAAGUCCUUGCCUGAAGAUUCCAACUACUGGGCCAAAACAAUGAGCCAUAUCAUAAAACAUGCUACACCUAAGAGGAGGUCCUUGCUUAAUUUGAGUACAUCUAGUCCAGGUACUGAAAAUCUGCUAGAAACUCUUGAAUUAAGAAGACAAGGAAGGCCUAACAAGGAACAGGCAGGUGCAAAAAAGAAGUUGGCUUUUUCAGAAAAAAGCACUUCACUCUGGAAUAGCAAAAAAUCACUAAAUGAAUACAAACGAAGAAAAAACAAACAAGCAAAAAGAUUGUCAAAAACCACUCAAUUUAAAAAAUCAUGGAUGCCAAAACUACUAAGCUUCCUUGAUGAACAUUCAAGAACAAUGCCAAACAAAAAGGACACCAUUUUGAUAGAUGGCAGGCAUGUUGCAAAGCGUCAUCUGCUCUGUACAAAAUUGGAAUUGUUCAAGAGCUUUAAAGCUAUUCAUCCAGAUUAUAGCAGGAGAUUCAGCACUUUUAAGAAAAUGAUUCCUAAGAAUUUCAAACGGUUAGACUUGACAUGCAGAAGAGUCUGUGUCUGCACAAAAGAUUUCAAUUUUGAACAAAAAGUUGAAGCAUUGAAUAAGAUUGCCCAGCAGCAGUCAAUGCCAUUAUUAAAAGCCACACCUAAACAGCUGUCAAACUUAUCUCUGUGCCCAUAUGAAGACAUCCCUAAAAGGUCAUGUGUUGAUAGGCAAUGUGUCGAUUGUGGAACUGCUAUCGUUGUCAACACCUAUGAACCACUUGUUCAGGCAUGUGGAAACAGUGUUGUGGCAAAGUACUACCAAUGGGAGUCCUCAAAAGAGUCGUAUAUUUCUAAAGAUGGAGAUAAAAAGCAUACAACUCGCUGGAUACAAGCUGAAAAGACCUGCAGUGUUGCAGAUCUUGUACAUGAUAUUGCUAAAUCUCUUGAAAGUCAUUCAAGCCAUUUAUUUAGAGCAAAUUUCCAAUAUAAAAUGGAAAGCCUACUUACUUCAGACCUUCCUCUGGACCACUGCUUGGUUGUUAUGGACUUUUCAGAGAACAUUUCCCUACAACCUCAAGAUGAGAUAGAAUCAGCUCACUGGACUACAAAACAAGUUACAUUACAUCCGGUUUUUAUAGUAAGACAUGACCCACAAAGAAACUUGACAUCAAGGUUAUCUACCAUUUCAUGGAGUCUGGACAUGGCAAAGGUCAAAGUGAUGGCAUUGGUGCUGGAAUCAAAAGAAAACUGGAACGUCUCAUUCUUGGAGGCAAAGUCAUAA